AUGUGUGCUGGAGGCUCGCACAGCGACACGAGCGAGUCUGCCGCUAUCCAGCAGCCCUCGUCGACGCUCGCAGCCUACUUUGUCGAUUCGCACUGCCAUCCCACCGACGAUCCGUCUGCCUACACAUCGUCCAACCUGGACGAGCUCUCGAAUCGCAUCCGCGACACUCCUGUCGGGCGUCUAGUGUGCAUGUCCACCAAUGCGAGAGACCAAGGCAUGGUCGCCGAGCUCGCUUCACGACAUCCCGACAAGGUCAUCCCGUGCUUCGGGUGGCAUCCAUGGUUCGCACACCAGAUCUCGCUCUCCGAUCCGCCACCAAGCAAGGAGCAACACUAUCACGAGCUUUUUGGCAUCCCAGAGCCCGCACCAGGCGAAAAAAAUACAGCAAAAGAGGAGCUCGCAGCGAUAUGGGAGCAGCUGCCUGACCCCGUAUCGCUCGAGAGCGUUUCUGCCGGGAUUCGCGAGAACUUUGAUCGCUUCCCAUCGGCCCUCCUAGGCGAAGUCGGCAUCGACCGAGCAUUCAGGAUACCUCGACGUGCCUGGAACUACGAUCCGCACCGCACCGAUCUCGACACCUCAACACCCAAGCUGACCAAGCUCAAAACACCGCAGGCGCACCAGCUCUCGGUCCUCCGCGCCCAAAUCGACGUAGCCCUCCAGUACAAGCGCAACAUCUCGCUCCACUCAGUUCAAGCGGCUGGCCUCACCGUCGACCUUCUCUCGUCCCUACGCAACACGGAUAUCGCCGCAUUUGGCGCGGUGAGGAUAUCGCUCCACUCAUGCACGCUCGACACCAACGUCGUCAAGUCGAUCACCAAGAAGCACGCCAAUGUGUAUGUCGGCUUUUCGUCGACGAUCAACCGCAAGCAGAUCGUCGCGCGCGAAUGCCUCGCUAGCGUAGACCGAAGUAGAGCGCUCGUGGAGAGCGACUACCAUACGGUCAGCGGCAUUCCCGGGUACUUGGCGCAGGCGAAUGGGUACUUCGCCCAGCUUCAUGGGCUGGACGCUGAGGCGGCGGCAAAGCAGCUGAGGGCCAAUUGGGAAGCGUUCUACACUGGAAGAGACCCAGACUCGGAAUCGGACGAGUCGGAUGAGGACGACGAGCAACUCAAUCGUAGUUGA